UUUAACAUUAUAUUCCCGCUGUGUUGUAUAAAAUGUCUAGGCCUAGUUUUCAUCAUAUUUGAACCUCUACAUUGCUGUGUUCUGUUUGGAGCGGCAGGUAGACUAGUGGUUAGAGCGUUGGGUCAGUAACCGAAUCACCGAGCUGACCAGAUAAAACAUAUGUCGUUCUGUUCCUGAACAAGGCAGGUGACCCACUGUUGAUGGAGUCCCCAGGUCAACCGCCUCUCCGUACUUUACUGCUGGUUCUGGUCGACUGCAGGAAAACACCGGGGCAGAGUGGAACUGAGAGAGGAGAAGAGGAACAUGGAGAUGUGAUUUCAUUAAGGGACAUCCCUAAUCGUUGCUCUCUUAGAGGGAGGGGCUUAUCAUCUGGGGAGCCUCAACAACAUCAUGAUACUGACAAGAAAAAGAAUAGUCUCUUCAGAUCGAAACACCGGCAUAGAGGUAUAGGGAAGAAACCUCACCACUGCUGCUCUGACUGUGGGAAGAGUUUUGCUAAACAAGACUUGACUAUUCAUGAGCAAAUUCACACCGGAGAGAAACCGUUCCACUGCUCUCGGUGCGGGAAGAGUUUCACUGCAUCUAAAACUUUAAAAUCUCAUCAGAGAAUUCAUACAGGGGAGAGGCCUUCCCCCUACUUUGAUUGUGAGAAAUGCUUCAAACAAUCAGGAUCCCAGACUACACAAAAACACACAGGACAGCCUUAUAGCUGUGAUCAGUGUGGGAAGAGAUUCAAUCAAUCAGGAGGCCUGACUAGACACCAACGCAUACACACAGGAGAGAAGCCUCAUAGCUGUGAUCAGUGUGGGAAGAGCUUCAAUCAUUCAGGUACCCUGAGCGAACACCAACGUAUACACACAGGAGAGAUGCCUUAUAGCUGUGAUCAGUGUGGGAAGAGCUUCAAUCAAUCAGGAAACCUGACUAAACACCAACGCAUACACACAGGAGAGAAGCCUUAUAGCUGUAAUCAGUGUGGGAAGAGCUUCAAUCAGUCAGUAGAGCUGACUAGACACCAACGCAUACACACAGGAGAGAAGCCUUAUAGCUGUAAUCAGUGUGGGAAGAGCUUCAAUCAGUCAGUAGAGCUGACUAGACACCAACGCAUACACACAGGAGAGAAGCCUUAUAGCUGUGAUCAGUGUGGGAAGAGCUUCAAUGAAUCAGGAAACCUGACUAAACACCAACGCAUACACACAGGAGAGAAGCCUUAUAGCUGUGAUCAGUGUGGAAAGAGCUUCAGUCGAUCAGGAGACCUGACUGAACACCAACGCAUACACACAGGAGAGAAGCCUUAUAGCUGUGAUCAGUGUGGGAAAAGCUUUAUUCAAUCAGGACACCUGACUGAACACCAACGCAUACACACAGGAGAGAAGCCUUAUAGCUGUGAUCAGUGUGGGAAAAGCUUCAUUCAAUCAGGACACCUGACUAAACACCAACGCAUACACACAGGAGAGAAGCCUUAUAGCUGUGAUCAGUGUGGAAAGAGUUUUGCUCUAGAUUUCACCCUGACUACACACCAGCGAAUACACACUGGAGAGAAACCUUAUUCCUGUCUAUGUGGAAAGAGCUUUGCUCAUUCAGGGUCACUGAAAAAACACCAGGAUGCACAAAUAUGUUGUUUUUUUAUCUCCCUCCUCUCCGGCACCAGUUUCAGAUCUCUAAAUGAAGUUUCAAUAGAAAACAUAUUGUAAAGAGUCAUCCAUCUCCCAUUCGCUAACAGUUUACUAAGUCUGAUUACCAAGGUAACCUGUGUAGCAUGAUAUGCAGCUCUGGAUCCAUAUGUAUCAAGCGUCUUGGAGUUCGGUAUCUUAUUUCAUUAACUCCUGUUGUCCAUUAAAUAAUGUAGAAUAAUGUUUCAACAAUUGUAGGUUCAUAUUAAUGUGUGAGGGAAAUGUUGUUGUCUGAAGAAAGAGCCUUGAAUUGUACAUCUUGUCUCAUACAAUUAUUGGUUCCUGUUGAUGCUGGGUAGAAAUGUGAGGGGGAGACGGUCAUGACCCCUCAGACCUUUUGGCAGAAUAUGUUCAAUAAGUUAAGAUAGGAGACGGUGCCAGUCACAUGCAGGAACCAAACGUCAAUGAUGAAUAAAUUUAUGAUUAAUGUAAAUCAUGCAAAUAUAACUUGUCUGUGUAAACAGUAUAUAAGAGAACUAACGGGACUGUCCCGAAAGAGCUCCAGACCGUACUCUGGUGUUUUAAGUUUGCUGAAACCUCUCCAGCUUCCUGAUAAUAAAUCAUUAUUCAUUUAAGUUUUA